AUGUCAGUGUGCCAGCCGUCCGCCAUGGCGCGGCUCGUGGCGCAAACAGACAGGAUCCAGGGCGCCGGUGUGCGUCGGGGUUUGGCGCAUGCGCCAAACCGACAAUCCGCAGCGGGCCUGGAAGCUCAGUUUCGCGCUGGAGCAGCGAGCAACGACUUGACCGCUGGGGCUGCUAUCGCGCCCCAGCUUGUCUCCAAUGUGAAUGGCACUUUUGCCAGCCAAGACGCGUCUUGGUCCGACCAGUUCUCGCGCAUGCAGAUUCGCGACCCGUUGAGCUUCACCUCGGAGUACCAACAGCUGUACAAGAACUAUGAACAACAGCAGCACGAGCGUCUGCAACAUCAAAGCCAGCUCCCUGUGCAUCAACCUAUGCCGCUGCAUCGGCCCAUACUUGCGACUCAACAGCCAUUUUACGCCGCCUCCGAUCUCCCAACACAAUCUCACGAACCUCACGAAUCUCACGAAUCUCUUUCUUCACAAACCGACUUUUUCGCUCGCGAGUUCGAAGACAUCGAACGCGAACUACAAGACGAAACUCCUUCUACUCCCUCACAACCACCCGCUUUGACCCCAGAACAACUCAAAUUCCGGCAGGCGGCGUCUGAGAUCCACCAACGUUUAUCACCAGGCUCUCAAACCCCGCCACAACUGGAAUCCAAAUUUCAAAACUCAAAGUUUCUUGGUCUCAUGCGCAGUAUAAGCAGCGGCGUGGUAACAUUAAAAUCCGGUGAAGACGAUGACCGUAAGUACACCCAUCUGUAUUCACCAACUACUGGAGAAGUUGUUGGAAACGAUUAUUUCCCAGUACCAGACACCACUUUAAAUGUCUGA